CUCUUCUGGUCAAUGCCAUCUCUCUCCCUCGUCUUUUCAGUUUCCUAAUUUCCAUUGUUUCUUCAAAACAACAUUUCACAGAUAGCUCCACCACGACCUGACGAAGAUCCUCCGCGUGAGCAAGUUUCAUGUUCUUCUUCUUCUUCCGAUUCAUAGUUUUUUUUUUUUCCGGUAACUUGUCAUCAAUUAGAUCUCGUCCGAAGUUGAAUCUUUAGUUCGCGAGCUUUUGGACAACUUCGAGGUCUUAGCUUUGCAAUGAAAUUGUACGAACACGAUGGAGUUGAUUUAGAAGAUGGGAAGACAGUAAAAUCCGGAGGAGAUAAACCAAUUCCAAGAAAGAUACAUAACCGGGCUUUGUUAUCCGGUUUAGCUUAUUGCAUUUCAUCAUGCAGUAUGAUACUUGUCAACAAGUUUGUUCUCUCCAGCUACAACUUCAAUGCUGGGAUCUUCCUUAUGUUAUACCAGAACUUUGUCUCGGUGAUCAUUGUGGUUGGUUUGAGUUUAAUGGGUCUAAUAACUACUGAACCACUUACUUUGAGGUUGAUGAAGGUCUGGUUUCCAGUGAAUGUCAUCUUUGUUGGUAUGCUUAUCACAAGCAUGUUUAGGUAAGAAUGUGUUUCUACACCUUUAUUUUGUGUUGGUUUGUUGAAUUAUAUAUCGAUGCUCUCUUAAUUCUCAAGCCUAUAAGAUUACUAAAUUAGUAAAGUCAACUUUUUGGAGUACUAAAGGUAGUUAUAAGAAUCUGUACAUCAUCUUUACAGCAGAUCGAGGAUUAAAUAACGUGUAGACACUUAGGUGAAACAGAUAGAUAUUUUGGAUUUACUUCACAGUAGGUCGAGAUAUAUAGAUAUGUAUCGUAUAUGUGUAUGUAGGCGGUGUUUGAAGAGCAGAUUGAACUUGAUUGUCUAUUUGAAUUACAUUUUCUUUGACAGUUUGAAAUACAUCAAUGUAGCAAUGGUCACUGUCCUGAAGAAUGUCACUAAUGUGAUAACUGCAGUUGGUGAGAUGUAUCUGUUCAACAAGCAACAUGACAACAGAGUGUGGGCUGCUCUCUUCUUAAUGAUAAUUUCCGCAGUUUCUGGAGGAAUAACAGACCUAUCAUUCAAUGCUGUUGGCUAUGCUUGGCAGAUUGCUAAUUGCUUCUUAACUGCAUCGUACUCGCUGACUUUGAGAAAGACCAUGGAUACGGCCAAGCAGGUUACUCAAUCUGGAAACUUGAACGAGUUCUCCAUGGUCUUGCUUAAUAACACACUUUCAUUACCACUUGGGCUUCUUCUUUCUUAUUUCUUCAACGAGAUGGAUUAUCUCUAUCAAACGCCACUUCUACGAUUACCAAGUUUCUGGAUGGUCAUGACACUUAGUGGACUUCUAGGGCUUGCCAUUAGCUUUACUUCAAUGUGGUUUCUUCAUCAAACUGGAGCAACAACAUACAGCCUGGUGGGAUCUCUAAACAAGAUACCUCUAUCCAUCGCGGGGAUCGUUCUUUUCAAUGUACCGACCAGUUUGCAGAACUCAGCAAGCAUACUCUUUGGUCUUGUCGCUGGAGUUGUAUUUGCUAGAGCCAAAAUGAGGGAGAAGUCCUAAAAUACUAACCAUCUACAACACAUUUUACUACAUCAAUCAGUAUAGGACAUGGCAAAAGCUGAUUAAAGCAGAGCAAUGAGUUUAUAACCUCAGAAUUCUAUGCACGUUAUGUGUUUCUUGUAAAAGCUUUCGCCACUCUACUUGUAUAAUGUUAGUAAAAUAUUAAUGAAUGUAUCGAUUCUUGAGUGGUAAGAGAAGUGUUGGUUUAUGUGUUUCUUCGUUUUUACCAAUUUUCCAGUAAAGAAAUUCAAUGGUAUGAGAUUUCAAC